AAACCGCAGCAGAGGUUCAGUUUACCUUAGCAACCAUGGAGGACGAGCUUUACUUCGUCGAGGAAAACGACGAGGAGGUCACGCUAGAACAAAAAGAACUCCUUUACAAGCGGGUCGAAGAACUAAAGCAUUCCAAUGCAGCCCUCCUGGCAGAGAAUGACAUGUUUGAAAGCUUCAUUUGCCGCCUGGAUCCACAGGACCUGCUGGCCCAGGGUGGGGGAGAGGGUGCAGGGGCAGCAGGAAGCUCUGUGUUGGAGGGUGGAGGUGCCAGAUGGAGGCGAAAGUCCCGGGCCAACAUACCGGAUCGUUUUCAGCCGCUGACUUUAGAACAAAAACUGUAUGUAGCACAGAGAGAAAUAAGAGCUACACAACAGGAAGAGGAGAAACUCAAACUGAAAUCUGAGCAAAUCAAGGACAACUACAAGGCCUCUAUGAAGGAAGCAGAAUUGCGUCUAGCUGAUAUCAGGAAGGCCAAGAGCGAUUUUGAGCGCAGACUGCUCAAACUGAUGAAGGACAACAGGCUAGAGAUAAAAGAGCCUGAGAAGGUGCUGCAGUACAUUGAAGACAAGUUAAAGGUCACCCAGCUGGAGAGGUUUGAUCUAAAGAACCAGGCACUGAAGCUCCAAGAGAAGAAGCUCCUGCAGCAGCUCCAGCAGAAAAAAGAGAUGGGAAAAGCUGAGUAUGAGGAAUUUUUCCACAUGUAUGAUGAGCCAAAACCUGACAAAAACUUGGAAGAAGUUCAGAUCAGCAGUUUGAAAGUUCAUCGUCUUCUCAACGUACACAAGGAAAAGCUGCAGAGUGUGACAUUAGUGUCUACACAGCUGAACAGUGACAUCACCAAAGUGAGGCAGAUGCUGGCAAAAAUAGAGGAAGAGCUGCAGCAAGCUGAGGAGGAUUGUUUAAAGGCUGAAGCCCUCAACCAAAAACUCAGGCGGCAGCUCAGCGAUUAUCAGGCUCCUGAUAUCACCGAGUACAUGCACAUCAAGGACAAACACAAGAAGCUUAAGCAGACUAUUCACACGUGGGAGAGGAAGGUUGGGAUUGCUGAGAUGGCAUUGAAGACCCACGCUAAAAUAUGGAGCAAACAGGCUGGAACUAGGUCUGGAGAACACCAAAGCCCAGUAAAGCUUCCAUAUAUAGCAGAGCAUAACUCAUAGACAAAAAAAAUCAGAAAUGCCCCCCCCCGUUGGUGGGGGGGCAAUUGUUUUUGGUGUGCAUCUACUAAAAAUCUUGGAUGAGUUUGAAUCUUGGUGACCUUAACUUCAUGGUAAAGGCCAAAGGAAAAUUAUGGGCGUGGACAAUAGGACUCGUGUUAUCUUGGUCAUUCAGUGUUUGGAGAGCGACGCAUUUGUGAGAUGAACAGCGUUCAAAUCGUCUGCUAGGGGCCGGGUUUGUUGUGGCCGGCGCCAUUUUUACUGUCUGCAUUCUUGUAAUACUUGUUGGGAAACAUUAAAACAAUGUACCAUCCUGUGUCCUUGGAAGUUGCUAUUCAAAAUGAUGUAAUAAUGUAUUUCUUUAAUUUCUUAAUUUGUGCAGACUUGGUUAUUUCAUUUAAGAUGACUUUUAUUGGGAAAAGUGUUCAUUCUCUGCAUGUAACCCAUGUAAAGUGGUACCCAGGGACCAACUGCAGCUGUAAGCCUCUGCCUUGUUCAAGGGCACAGUGACAAGGGAAUUAAAGCAAACAUCACACAGAAGGGCCCUGCCCUGGGUUCACUACAAGAACCUGUGAUUGUGAGUGCAAACUACUCACUCACUGUGUUUCUGUUCAUGGCCUUUCUGCCUUUUGUGUUAUACUUUACAACACUGGUUGAAAGGUUUUACUACAACACUGGUGAUUUUACUGUUGUGGCUAAAACUUCUGUGAGGACCACUAAAAAUUAAUCUAUGCAGCAAAACCUGUACACAAGUGUAGUUAAUCUAGUGCCUGUAAGUACCUAUAUUUGUA